AUGCAUUCACUUAAUCGCAGGCUUCUUUUACUUUUUCUUCUUAUUCUUCUUCUUAUUCUUCUUCUUAUUCUUCUUCUUCUUUUUCUUCUUCUCUCUGUCACUCUCUCACAUUCUAUGCAAUUCUUGCUUAUUCUCUCACACGCAGACCUUGAAUUCGUGCCCGUGCCCACAGUCACAUGCGCACAAGACAACAGACUAGCGGAUAAUCGACGGACAGAUUUGCUUCUCUCCAGACCGCUGCCAAUACCACCACCAUCAUCACAACCACCAGACAGGCAAGGCAAACGGCCCGUCCAGCUUGUUCUGAGGCCUCCCCAUCAUCACGCAAUCCGGACUUGCCAAUCUGGUGCUUUAGACCGGCCCAUUAACUCUCUACUUUACCCGACCAGGGAAGGUCUGCAAUUAUACGACAAAAGCCAUUUCGUUCCGGAUGCCUUAGACCCGCCCCCUACCCAGCAUUCCCACCGAUGCGCCGGCCUAACCCCUUCUCUGCUGGUGGCCUCCCCAACAUCAUGCAUCUUCGUUUAA